AUGAAGAAAGUGACUCUGCGAAAAAAUACCCUCCAUCAUAAAACGCUUUUGCGGAGGAGGAAUAAUAUUCUCGGAUCAGCUAAACUGAUACAACAGUUCGAUGAUCAGUACGAAGAAACUCAAGUGAAUCAAGUGUCGUUGAGGAUUGCUCGCCUCGAUGAGCUGUGGAAAACAUUUGAAGGCGUGCAGGACGAAAUAGAAGUGAUUGAAGACAAACAAGAAGACUUUGCGGAAUCACGACAAGAAUUUCACGACCUGUAUUUUGAGUUGAAGGCUUCGUUAACAAGUAAACUUCCUCGAAAUGAUCCUGUCCCUGGCACUCCAGUUCCCCAAAUAGCACAACAAAUCGCGCCUCCGGUUCAUCAAGUUGUGUCGGUUAAACUUCCGGAGUUGAAGAUGCCGGAAUUUGAUGGCCAACCGGAGCAGUGGAUCGAGUUUCGAGAUUUGUUCAAAUCGGUAAUUCAUUCCAACGUGCAAUUGUCGGCCGUGCAAAAACUACAUUACUUGCGCAGCAGCUUGAAAGGUGACGCUUCUCGUCUCAUAUCGUCCAUUGCGAUCUCCGCGGACAAUUAUGCGAUCGCAUGGAAAAUUAUAAGUGAUCGGUAUGAGAACACGGGUUAUCUGGUGAAACAGCAUAUGUCUGCAUUGUUCCGUGUACCAUCUGUGCGAAGGGGCUCUGCUUCUGCUCUGUCCGAAUUGGCGGACGAGUUUAAUCGCCACGUUGGAAUCCUUGACAAGCUCGAAGAUGAGGAUGCGCAUUGGAAUUCGUUUCUGGUGGAGCGCCUAAGCAGCCUGCUCGACGAAAGGUCUCUCCUAGAGUGGGAGACUCAGUGCAAAGAAGAAGAAGUGCCUCAAUAUUCCGUUUUGCUUGAGUUCAUACGAAAAAGAUCGCGUACUUUGCAAAAGUGUUCUACGGCAAGUGGCUCUUCGUCCAACGUACAAGUGAAACCCAUAAAGGUUAAAACCACCUCCUCUCACGUUGCCUCCGAAAAUGUGGUGAAAUGUCUGAGCUGUAAACAAGCUCACUCGUUGGUACAGUGUGAGGCGUUUAUCAAGCUAAGUGCAAACAAUAGAUUUGAUUUUGUCAAAAAACACCGGUUGUGUAUUAAUUGUUUAAGAGGUGGUCAUAUGGCUAAGGAUUGCCGUGCUAGUUUUUGUAGAACGUGUGGGAAGAAGCACCACAGUAUGUUACAUCUGCCAGCACAGUUGUCGACUUCAGCAGUCGUUGUAACACCGAGUGAAGAACAAUCACCAAGCACUUCCCAAGUGUACACAGCUAUUUGUUCUGUACCCACCACUACAUCUCAAUCGGACAUUGCUUAUUCGGUCGUGAACGCACCGCCGGUGGUGCUCACAAGUACAUUACCCCAGGCAAUUGUGUCGGUUUCGCAAAACGUUUCGUCACCUCUCGUCGCGAUCGAUGCGCCCCUCCCUCCGUCGCCGGUUGUUUCGUACGAAUCUGAACCACUUCCAUACUGCACCCAGCAGCCAGCUACAUCAUUAACACAGGCAAAUAAUACCUUUGAAAGUAUUGUGUUCCUAUCGACAGCCGUCGUUCGAGUUCGAGACGUAAACAAUGUGUACCACUUUGCACGUGCUCUAUUAGACAGUGGGUCUCAAUCGAAUUUUGUGUCCGAGUCACUUUGUCAGAAAUUAGACCUCAAACGCUCUCGAGUUAACCUCCCUGUCAGUGGUAUAGGACAAUCUACCGUGAAUGUUCACUACAAAGUACAGAUCGCACUUUCGUCACGCUUUGGCGGAUUUGAGCAACAGAUAGACUGCUUGGUUCUACCGAAAUUAACCGUUAGUCUCCCAAGUCGUAGUGUUGAUAUAUCUCGCUGGACCAUUCCGCGCCAUUUGCCACUGGCUGAUCCGAGAUUCAAUAUUUCGCAAGGAGUCGAUCUCAUUGUUGGAGCAGAAUUAUUUUACACUCUUCUCGAAUCUCAAAGACUAACCCUUACUGAUGGAUAUCCUAUUUUACAGAAAACCGUAUUGGGAUACGUGGUCUCUGGAAAGGCUACUGCUCAUGCGCCUGAGACGGUGGUGUGCCACGUCGCUGUUGAUCAAGACCUCAAUGCUCAACUGGAACGAAUGUGGGAGGUCGAAGAUUUCGAUGUAGGACGUGCACUUACGCAGGAGGAGCAACAGGUAGAAGAGCAUUUCAUUCGCACGGUGACCCGUGAUAGCAGUGGACGUUACAUGGUGCGGUUACCGCUCAAAGAGUCUCGUGUCCCAUUCCUAGGGGAUUCCUACAAGCCUGCUGUGAACAGAUUUUCGAUGAUGGAGAGACGUUUCGCCAAGGACAACGAGCUGCGUGUGGCGUACACACAAUUUAUGGAGGAAUAUAUAAAACUGGGGCAUAUGGAAGAGUGUUCUCGCGGCGCGGGCCCGCAGUUUUGUCUCCCGCAUCAUGCUGUACGUCGACCAGAAAGCACGACCACUAAAACCAGAGUGGUGUUCGAUGCGAGCAGCAAAUCGCAUGGUCAAUUGUCGCUGAACGAAGUCCUUUUCACUGGUCCAACAGUUCAACCAGCUCUGCUCGCCGUGGUAGCGAACUUCCGGGUACCCAAGUACGUAUUCUCUGCCGAUGCCGAGAAAAUGUUUCGGCAAGUGUGGAUGCAUCCGGAUGAUCGAAAAUUUUUGACGGUCGCGUGGCGAUCGGAUCCGUCACUACCGUUGAAGUUCUAUCAGCUGAAGACCGUGACGUAUGGACUUGCCUGUUCCCCUUAUCAAGCCGCCCGUGUAUUGAACAAGCUCGCUGAGGACGAUGGGGAUCGAUAUCCACUAGCCGCACCAAUAGUUACGAAGUGUUUCUAUGUGGAUGAUGCCCUUGCUGGAGGAGAUGAUCUGGACGAGGUUGCAGAAAGUUGUCGUCAGCUACAGGAACUUCUCGCUCGAGGGGGGUUUACUCUACGUAAGUGGUAUGCUAAUGAUUCGAACGUUUUGCGUCAUAUACCUAGUGAACUCUGCGGAACCCCUGGUCCAACCGAAAUAGGACGAGGCUCAAUAACAACAGCAUUGGGGCUGAUAUGGAAUCCAUGCACAGAUCAGCUCAGUUUCCAAGUCCCGGAUUUGGGGAACUUGCAGGUCGUUACCAAGCGGACGGUGGUGUCGGAAAUGUCAAGACUCUUUGACCCGCUAGGACUUUUGGGGCCAGUGGUUAUCAGCGCAAGAAUAUUCGUCCAAGGAUUAUGGGCAAGACAACUCGGUUGGGAUGAAGAAUUGCCAGAACAAGAUGGACAGUGGUGGCAGGUAUUCCGCGAUGAAUUAGCGCAACUAAAGAAGAUUACAGUCUCUCGUCACGUUGUCCCCAACUGUCGCCAAGAUUAUCAGUUGCAUUGCUUCUGCGAUGCGUCGUCGAAAGGCUACGGAUGUUGUAUAUAUGUGGUUGGACCAAAUGUUGGAGGCAAAAUAGAAAGCAAGCUACUGAUUGCCAAGUCACGAGUCGCUCCUCUACGCGGAUUGUCCAUUCCAAGGCUAGAACUAUGUGCGGCCGUUCUUGGCAGCCAGCUGAUUCAUAACCUGCGUACAACUACGGACUUUCAAGGCCCUGCGGUGUUUUGGUCUGACAGCACCGUUGUAUUACACUGGAUCAAAUCACCUCCGAAUGAGUGGAAGGUAUUCGUCUCCAAUCGUGUGGCGGAGGUGCAACGUCUCACUCGAGGAGUACCGUGGAACUAUGUCCCGACCGAGCUUAACCCUGCGGAUCUCAUAUCGCGCGGGAUAAAUCCUAGCCAAAUUAUAGAUGAUCGGAUGUGGUGGUAUGGACCACCAUUGCUAACUAAACCGACUAUGACUUGGCCGAAAUUUCCAUCGAAUUCAUCGAUAAGCCAUAACAUUGAGCAGGAGAAACGUGCAGUCGUCGUGCUUACUACUACCGAAAUCGAUGAUUCCAUAUUCGUAAGAUAUUCGGAGCUAGGGAAGCUAUUGAAAGUGGUGGCCAUGUGCAUUCGAUUUGGUACUAACUGUCGAUGCCCGAAAGCAGUACGAGUUUUCGGGAACCUUACUCCUGCAGAGAUCGACAGAGCGUUAAAAUCCAUGGUACGCCUAGCUCAGGUGAACAGCUUUCCCAAGGAAAUUCAACAACUCAAAUGCCAUAAGCUUGAUCCCACAAAACCCAUCGAGUUUGAUACCAAAUCUGCUCUUAAAACUCUGAACAUUCGUCUUGAUCAGUCCGAUCAUUUACGCUUGGAUGGUCGACUGGUAAACGCUGCAGGUCCAUACGAUUCUAAAUUCCCUUUGAUUCUGCCAGCUAAACAUCCACUUAGUUUCUUAAUAGCGCGUUCUCUACACCACAGGACGGCCCAUGCAGGACCUGGGCUGUUACUAGCAACCAUGCGCCAAAGGUUCUGGCCGAUGCGUGGGCGCGAACUGGUUCGAAAUGUUGUUCGAAAGUGCAUUACUUGCUUCCGUUGCCGACCGGCAGAUUAUCAUCAACAGAUGGCACCCCUGCCAGCAGUUCGUGUAGUGCCAUCCAGAGUAUUCUCCAAAGCUGGUCUAGACUACUGCGGGCCAUUUAACGUUCGUCCGUUGUACGGGAGGGGGGCCAACGUGAAAAUGUACGUCGCGAUUUUCGUUUGCCUGGCGGUAAAAGCGGUACACAUCGAAAUCGUUCCGAACCUUACGUCCGCCGCGUGCAUUAACGCGAUCAAACGGUUUGUGGCUCGACGCGGUCGGUUAAUCGAGCUGCAAUGCGAUAACGCGACAGCUUUCGUCGGGGCUGAUCGCGAGUUGAAGUCGUUACGUCGCCGGUAUCUCGAGCAGUUCAAGACGGAGGAGUGGAAGGGCUAUUGUAUCGAUUCUGGAAUCUCCUUUCGUUUUAUUCCGGCCCGCUCUCCGCAUUUCGGGGGUCUGUGGGAGGCCGGAGUGAAGUCCUUCAAACACCAUUUUCGCCGAAUUUUUGGUGCCAGUUCCUACACUUUGGACGAAUUCACGACGGCAGCGACCCACAUCGAGAGCAUUCUAAACUCCCGGCCUCUCACUCCCCUCACUGAUCAUCCAGAUGAUCUCGCUGUGCUGACGCCUGGCCAUUUCCUGGUCGGCGAACCAAUGUUCUCCAUCCCAGAGCCGGACAUGACAAAUGACCAGGUGUCUCGGCUCUCUCGAUGGCAAGAGCUACGCCGCUCUGUCCAGAAUUUUUGGAAACGUUGGUCCAGAGAUUAUAUUAGUCAACUACACCAGCGAACCAAAUGGAGGACUCCAGCGCAGAAUAUCUACAAGGGAGCUUUGGUGCUUCUGAAGCAAGAGGAGCUGCCACCGUUCAUGUGGAACAUUGGAAGGGUGGAAGAAACCUACACGGCAGCCGACGGUUUGGUGCGUGUAGUUCUCGUACGUACGAACCGCGGAGUAUACAAACGGGCAGUCACCGAGGUACGAGUACUGCCAAUUGAUGGCCACGAUACCAAUAAACUACCCACCGCCAGGAUGUUAGACGACGAUCGUUGA